AGCACCGGUCCAGAACCCAGCACCGGUCCAGAACCCAGCACCGGUCCAGAACCCAGCAUGUCGGACCAGUCUGCCUUUGACACGGACGUCUGGACCCUGACCCGGUUCAUCAUCGAGACGGGCCGGCAGGCGAAAGGAGCCACCGGGGAGCUGACCCAGCUGCUCACCGCCAUGCUGACCGCCAUCAAAGCCAUUUCCUCCGCGGUGCGGAAGGCCGGCCUCGCCCACCUGCAGGGCUUGGCCGGCUCCGUGAACGUGACGGGCGACGACGUGAAGAAGCUGGACGUCCUGUCCAACGACCUGGUCAUCAACAUGCUGCAGGCGACCUACAGCACCUGCUGCAUGGUGUCCGAGGAGAACAAGGAGCUCAUCGUCACCCCCAAGGACAAACGGGGAAAGUACGUGGUCUGCUUCGACCCUCUGGACGGGUCCAGUAACAUCGACUGCCUGGCCUCAAUCGGCACCAUAUUCGCCAUCUACAAACGGACGUCAGAAGGCGAACCCACAGAGCAGGACGCCCUGCAGCAGGGGAACAGCAUCGUGUGCGCCGGCUACGCGCUCUACGGCAGCGCCACGCUCGUCGCCCUCAGCACCGGCGCCGGCCUCAACUUCUUCAUGCUCGACCCGGCCAUCGGUGAGUUCAUCCUGAUUGAGAGGAACGUGCGGAUCAAGCAGAAGGGAAAGAUCUACAGUCUGAACGAAGGAUACGCCAAAUACUUCCACCCCUCCAUCAACGAAUACCUCAAACACAAGAAACACCCCGAGGACGGAGGCUCCCCGUAUGGGGCCCGUUACGUGGGAUCCAUGGUGUCAGACGUUCACCGAACCAUCGCCUACGGAGGGAUCUUCAUGUACCCUGCAAACGAAAAGAGCCCCAAAGGAAAGCUGCGGCUGCUGUAUGAAUGCAACCCCAUCGCCUUCCUCAUAGAGCAGGCGGGCGGCCUCGCCACCACCGGCACCCAGAGGAUUCUGGACGUUCAGCCCGAAACGCUCCACCAGCGGGUUCCCUUCGUGGUCGGCUCGCCGGAUGACGUCAACGAAUACCUGUCGUUUGUCAAGAAGUUCUCAUAAAAGCUGCGGCCGAGCUGAAUGUGUUGGAUAUUAGGUUCUCCAUCUACUGAGGUUUUGCUAUCACCUGAGAAAUUCAGAUUUUUUUUCUCUUUUUGGAUAAAACUAAAUGUUUGUCGGCUUUGUAAACA